AUGGCGCCCUCUGUCGAAAAAGGCCCUGAUUCCGUCAUCGUGCUGCAGCCGAAACAUAUUAUCCAUCAUGCAUCCAGCAAGGCGCGCGUCGUUGGGACAAAGAAUUCUCCAUCCAAAAACUCUGACAAUCGCAAUAUGUGCUGUAGGGUGUUAGCUGAAAUUGUGAAGGUGGUGCUGAUCUUCGCCACUAUGUCUUUGUGCUUUGUUGGAUGCUCGGAAGUGGCUCGCAGGGUCUUGAUGGCGGUGUACAGUGUGGACACUCGUCCUUGGGAAGACUCUGUCAUACUCAAGCAUCUGAACACAUUAAAAAGGGACGAAGAAAAGCAGAAUAUCACUCAACGCGCUGAAACCAUAAACGACACUGAAAAUCAACAUCUAGCCCGUGCUGGCUACAAUGAAAGCGUUCUUACUAAUGGAAAAGAGGGGUUUUUCCUUCGAAAACAAGAUGGUCAAGCGAAAAAAUUGCCGCCAAACUGGCUGACUAUUCAUGAAACCGUGGUUCAUGAGAAUGUGACGGAAAAGAAACGUAGCCAAGAAAAUUCUAUCCAGACUACCGAACAUUUUGCCGGAGGGAAUGAUUCUUUUUCAAAAGCAUCUUCGGCGCCAAUAGCAAAUGGGACUCCUCUUUCGACUGACGAUCUUGCUGUUAUUCCUCAUACAACCAAAGAGGAUUUGGCAAAGAAAAUAGAGCCCAAGAAAAUGGACAAGUCAUCACCGAGCCAUCAACAGCAACCGACUGAACUCCCAUCUGUUGAUCUGACGAUCCCUAGUAGAGGACGGGUGAGGCGGCAUGUUGGACAGAUCAAGCAUCAGGAAGCGGGAGGAAUGGUUGAUGAUGCGCUUGCAUUGGAUGAGUUUGACUGGGAAACUCCAGAAGAACAGCUUCCAAAAGGCAGGAAAGCGAAAGAUGCGAAUGGAUGGUUGGAUGAUGAUUAUGACCAACAAGGAGAGGAAGAAGUUCCUACCACUGGUUAUCAGAGAUUGUGUGCGGGAGGUAGUUGUUCAACACCCAUUAUACCUUCAAUGAUUGACAAGGAAAUAUCCAGUAGUGAGCCGGCAAUCCAGGAUGGAGUACACCUUGGGUCCUGGAAGACCCUCUUUCCAGAAACCGACUGA